AUGGACCGUCGCUACUCGUUCGACUCGGACCCAGGCGAGCACGCCCCGUUGGAUAACCCUAACCGUGCUCCUUCGUCCUCGUCCCCGUUACGAAACAACCAGUACCCACAGCAGCACCAUCGCAGUGACACCUACCAGGCACAACCUCCCCCAUAUUACCACGACGACCCGGCUUCGUCGUCUCGGAACCCCAACCUCGACUCCCCCGGACGCUCAGGAAACCGCCCGGGCGUACACCCGCAGUCAGACUUCACGCGCCUCAGAGACGAACGUCGACGCAGUCGCGGCUACGAAGCAGUCGCCACCGGAGCAGGAGUAGGGGCAACGGCAGCAGCAGCAGCAGCAUCAACAGCAGGAAGACCUUCCCCAAGAGGCGCUCCGCAGCCACCGCUCCAUCGCGAGGACAACGCCAGAUCUGCUUGGACUUCAGGCGGCCAAAGCAACAUAACGCCUGGCGCUGACAACUUUGGCGAGACUGCAGCGGGUGGUCUCGCUGGUAUCGCUUCUACAGUUGCAGAGCGUAACGCACGACAGAGCGGAUUGGAAGCCAUGAGGGCCGCAGAGGGCUAUGGCCAACGUGGCUACCACGGACAGGCAUAUGAUCAAUCACAGCAUCAGGGUCAGCAGUACGGACAGCAACCUUACGGGUACGACCGGGGCUACGACCAGGGCUACGACCAAGGCUAUGACCACACGUACGGCCAAGCGUACGACAGGUCUCAAGGAGGACGGCACGAUCCCUACGGUGGUCAUGGCCAAUACCAAGAUUCAUCGCCAUCGCUUGGACAGAUGAGCGCAGGAGCCAUACCUUCCGGCGCUGGCACACCCGCCAGGAGUCAACGCAGUCAUGCCAGCGACCCUUUCCGAGACCCCUACCACGCAUAUGGUCAACGACUAGACCCGGGAAUGGGCCAAGUAAAUCCCAACGACAUUAUGGAUGACGGGGACGACGGUCUCGAGUACACCCGGCGCUCGGCUCGGAACAGUAUGCUGAGUCUUGGCAACACGAGCAAUCGAGGCGCCAACGCUGCAGGAGGGGCAGCAGCCGGCGGUGCAGCAGCCGGCGCGCUCAUGGGUGCCAGAGAUCACUACGCCCCGGUGAAGGGCGGAUCCGGAUAUGCAGCCGGCGACGCCAAGGAGCAAUCUGCGUGGAUCAAGAAGCAGCAGGGGAGCAGCAAGAAAUGGAAGUGGCUGAUUAUCAUUCUUGUCGGCCUGGUGAUUGCGGGCGCUAUUGCAGGAGGAGUCGUCGGCGGUGUACUUGCUAACAAGAACAAGGCUGGGAGCAGCAGCAGCAGCAGCGGUGGCGGAGGUCAGUCAGCCAGCGAAGACACACAGGAAAACGGGGACUUGGACAUCAACUCCGAUGAGAUCAAGGCCCUGCUCAACAACAAGAACCUCCACAAGGUCUUCCCUGGUGUAGACUACACACCGUUAAACACGCAAUACCCCGACUGCCUGAGCAAUCCUCCCUCACAGAACAACAUCACCCGCGACGUCGCUGUGCUCAGCCAACUGACCAACGUCAUCCGCCUCUACGGCACCGAUUGUAACCAGACCGAGAUGACGAUCCACGCACUGAACCAACUGAAGAUGCAGAACGACAUCAAGAUCUGGCUGGGUGUUUGGCAAGAUGGUAAUGAAACCACCAAUGCACGCCAGCUGGAGCAGAUGUGGACCAUUCUUGACACGUACGGCGAUUCGCCCUUCAAAGGCCUCAUUGUCGCCAACGAAAUCCUAUUCCGCGAGGAGAUGACUCUGACAGAGCUCGGCACCUUGCUAGACGGAGUUCGCACAAACCUCACCAGCAAAGGCCUGAGCCUACCUGUCGCAACUUCCGAUCUAGGUGACAACUGGGACUCAAACUUGGCUUCCAAGAGCGAUUACAUCAUGUCAAACAUUCACCCUUUCUUCGGUGGCAUCAAUGCCAAAGAGGCGGCUUCAUGGACGUAUACCUUCUGGACCACUCACGAUGCUGGGUUCACUAAGUCUGACGCGUCAAAGAAUGUCAUCUCGGAGAUUGGCUGGCCGUCCCAGGGCGGCAUGGACUGCGCCAGCGAGACAAUUACGGAUUGUCCCGAACAGGCCGUCGCGGGAAUCGAUGAGCUCAACCAGCUGUUGAGCGACUGGGUCUGCCCUGCACUUGACAACGGUACCAACUAUUUCUGGUUUGAAAUGUUCGACGAACCCUGGAAGAUCAAAUUCAAUACCAAAUCCCAGAACUGGGAAGACCACUGGGGUCUCAUGGACGUCAAUCGCAACCUGAAGGAUGGCAUCAAGAUACCAGACUGUGGUGGCAAGACGGUAUAA